GGCAGUGGGAUUGUUAAGAGGGAGCAUACAGCCGUAUUGAACGCUUGUCCAUCAAAGGUGAUGCUUUUUUUCUUUUUUUGGUAAAUCCAUUAAAGGUGAUGCUACUGCAUGGCGUCCAUUGAUUUUAGCUUGGAGAGGAGAAAGCAGUUUACAUGUUAAAGAAAGUCUUGCAUGGCAUGAAACAAGCACCAAGGGCUUGGUACAGCAGAAUAGAUGGUUAUCUGCUGGAACAAGGAUUCAACAAGAUUGAAAAUAAACCCACACUUUAUGUGAAGGUUUCAAAUGGUGACACGCAGCUGUGUCAUUGUAUGUUGAUGAUCUGCUCAUAACAGGUGGUGAUAUGAUGAGGCUGCAGAAUUUCAAGACAAACAUUAUGGAAGAGUUUGAGAUGACUAAUCUGGGAAAAAGAAAUAUUUUCUUGGUAU